AUGUUGGCAGGUUUUGAGAAAUCCACUGGAAAACCGCCAGAGGAGCUGAGUCUUCCUUGGAAGGGUAUGCCGGAUUUGAAAACCGGGGAAGAGACUGUAGAGAUUUUCCGUUCAUGGCGGCCUCAUUCAAUGCUGUUCAACCUCCCAAAUGGGAAUUCCAUGGCUUUGUCACAUGAGGAUGAGUGUCCUUUGCAUCCAAGGUCUAUUGUUGUCGUGGACGAUGUGUAUUGUAUUUUCCUUGGAAUGUUAUUAGAGAACACUUGUGACUUGCGUAGUCACUACGGUCUCUCAAGACAAGUGACAGAAGCCAUGGUAGUGGUCGAAGCUUACAAAGUCUUAAGAGAUCGUACACCCUAUCCUCCCGAUCAAGUUGUUAGAGACCUCCAAGGAAAAUUUGCCUUUGUUCUGUUUGAUGCUCGAGCCAACACACUUUUUAUAGCUAGGGAUCGUGAUGGUUGCAUUCCACUUCAAUGGAGAAUGGCCAGAGAUGGGUCCUUGGUCUGUUCUGAUGAUCCAAAUGUCAUUGCAGAGGCUUGUGGAAAUUGCUGUACUUUUUUUCCUCCAGGAUGUAUCUACAUGAGUGGUGAUCAUCCACUUAACAAAAUCAGAGCAAUUACUUGGGAAGACGAUGAAGGAAACAUUUCUUCUGUUUUGUUUCAAGUGGAUUUGUUCACUAGACUUCGUAGCAUUCCACGAACUGAUAGUUCUGCAAAUUGGGCAGGUGUCACCACCGUCGACGGAGAAUAGAAAACAAAAAACUUUAGACUCUAUUUGAAUUUAAGAUUUGGAGAGAGACUUGUGAAAAAAGAAAACAUAAGAGAAAAAUGACAAAAAGAUACAAAUAAUUUGUACUGUUUUGAUUGUCUUCUGCUUUUAUUUUCAAAAUUUUGGAUAUGAACAUGAUGAAAUGUUUGUCACAAUUGUGUA